AUGAUACACUUAGGUUAUCUGGAGAUGUUGGGGUGAGGGCGAAGGCUGUGAUUGGGGAAGAAUACAAAAGUGCUUUCAAUUUUAUUGAUAAUUUCUUUUAUGAUUCCAAGCUGCUUGAUGGGCACAUUAGUACCGCAUACAGUUUUAUAAUAUCUGUUCCAUGUUGAAAAUAGUUCAUAAUAAUAAGAAAACCCUCCCCCAAAUCUAAUUACAAACAACUUCCUGGCAGCACAGGACACCAUCACCGUGACGGUGUAGGUCAGAGGGCCCCCUGGCCCUCAGGGUGAUGGACAAGACAACCGAACAACGUCCAGCCAUCCUCUUAGGGAAGGCAAGGGUGUUCUUGCUUUACCAGGAUACUUGGUAAGCUACUUAAUCUCGUCCUCUGGGAAACGGGUGUGGACACGACAAGAAGGGAACUGCCAGCAUUAAAGGAAGCAAAGGAUGCAGGUAAGAUGCCUGGUAUACAGCAGGUGUUCGAUGAACUGAGUCAGAAUCUUUCCGGAAAUGAAGCAGAAUACAACUAUCCACGUAGAGUCAAAGAGAAAUCAAAUCCUACUCACUCCCUAAACUUCUGGGGCCAGGGCAGACCUGCCUCAAGUUGCGCACUUCCCUCACAGACCUGCCCCGGGGGACACUGUGCCCUGUUCCCCACCGCAUUCCCCGCCCCUCAGCCACGGCGUCCAGCGCCUAGUGGACACUCGGGCGUCAUCUGGAGAAUGGAGGAAGGUAUGGGGAUACUUGAAAGGGAAUACAGACAGAUCGUGUAAACGCUGCAAAAUUGAAGGGAUCAAUUUCAGCCCCUUAAUUGCGAACCGGCAAGCAUAUAACGCUUACUGACACUUCUAGACGUAAACACCUCUUUUGUUGUUGUCGGCGGAUCGACAGCAGUGAGAUAAAAUCUGUUCUUUUCAUUUUACAAAUAUUUCGCGCCUUCUGUAUAUGUCACUCGGAUGAGUAACGUAAGGCAAAACUGAUAUAAAGCUGGACGAUGUAAACAGGGCACCUUCCCCUUUCAUCGUACCCACGUUUAUCAAGAAAACUCAAACAGGCCACCCUAGUUCCAUCCCUAGCAGCCGGCAGGGUGGAGGGGGGCGGGGGGGUCAGGGAUUUUACAAAGCCCCAGGUAGCCGCAGGGCCAAUCACCGGUUUCUGGGCUUCACUCCUGGGCCGUGGAGCCCGCUCCGCGACCGCCAGCCCUGGAGCGAAGGGAUGAACGGUUUUGAUGAAGGAGGAGGCCUGCGCACCGCCCGCCUCCCCGCCCAGCACGCCCUGAUCGCGCACAGCCUUGCUAGCCGGGGUCGGGGCGGGGGCUGCACCCCGGCGGCUGCUGCGGUCGCUGGACGCAGACAGGUCAGCAGUGCGCAGAGAAGAGCGCGCGACUGUUCUCGGAGAGGAGGUGGGCGGCCACCCACCCCAUUAGGAUUCGUCCAGUCCCUGCGCGAGCCUCGACUUCCGGGGGGCGGGGGGACCCCCAGGCAGCGCGGAUUUCAGCCCGGCUGAGUCCUUGCUACAUCUCAGCGGCACCCUGCGGGCGACGGCGAAGGCGCAGACAGAGCGCUCUUCCAGUUGACCAAAAACUACGAGGGGAAAGCGGAGCCGGCCGGUUGGGGGGCGCGGCGAGCCCUCUCCACGAACCGCGCGCCGCGCUGCUGCGCGCCCGGCUGUGUCCCCGGAGUGCCGCGGGAAGGAAGCCGCGCGGAGCAACAGGUGCCGCCCGCAGCCUUUCGGGACGAGGGAAACGACCUGCAGGGGCGCGGAGCUGGUAAGGCGCAGAGAGAGCUCUCUCUUCCUGCAGGGCUGCGCCGGCCGGUCCCUCCUCCCCGGUUCGGUGGCGGAUAAGCGGACGCCCGGCGCUCUUGGGUCAGCCUCGCGAGUGCGGGAAGGUCCAGCUCCGGCUCUCGUCUGCGUCCUCUUCCAGGUGGCCCCGUCCGAAAAGACGGUGCCACUCGGCCCGGGCGCCUGGGUUCUGAGUGCCCCGAGCUGGGUCACCCGUAGCCCCUCCUUCCCCCGCAGGCGCCCUUCGCCAGCGCGACCUAGGCUCCCUCUGCGCGCCAUGGAGCUGGAGGUUGGGAACUUCAGUGAGGGGAACGCGAGCGGGCUUGAGCCCCCGACCCCGGACCCCAGGCCGCUCUUCGGCAUCGGCGUGGAGAACUUCGUCACGCUGGUGGUGUUCGGCCUGAUCUUCGCGCUCGGCGUGCUGGGCAACAGCCUGGUGAUCACCGUGCUGGCGCGCAGCAAGCCGGGCAAGCCGCGCAGCACCACCAACCUGUUCAUCCUCAACCUGAGCAUCGCCGACCUGGCCUACCUGCUCUUCUGCAUCCCCUUCCAGGCCACGGUGUACGCGCUGCCCACCUGGGUGCUGGGCGCCUUCAUUUGCAAGUUCAUCCACUACUUCUUCACCGUGUCCAUGCUGGUCAGCAUCUUCACGCUGGCCGCGAUGUCGGUGGACCGCUACGUGGCCAUCGUGCACUCGCGCCGCUCCUCCGCCCUGCGGGUGUCCCGCAACGCGCUGUUGGGCGUGGGCUUCAUCUGGGCGCUGUCCAUCGCCAUGGCCUCGCCGGUGGCCUACCACCAGCGCCUCUUCCACAGGGACGUCAGCAACCAGACCUUCUGCUGGGAGCAGUGGCCCAACCAGCGCCACAAGAAGGCCUACGUGGUGUGCACCUUCGUCUUCGGCUACCUGCUGCCGCUCCUGCUCAUCUGCUUCUGCUACGCCAAGGUCCUUAACCACUUGCAUAAAAAGUUGAAGAACGUGUCAAAGAAGUCAGAGGCAUCGAAGAAAAAGACGGCGCAGACGGUGCUGGUGGUGGUGGUGGUCUUCGGAGUCUCCUGGCUGCCCCACCACGUCAUCCAUCUCUGGGCUGAGUUUGGGGUGUUCCCGCUGACCCCCGCCUCCUUCUUCUUCAGGAUCACUGCCCACUGCCUGGCCUACAGCAACUCCUCUGUGAACCCCAUCAUUUACGCCUUUCUCUCUGAAAACUUCAGGAAGGCUUAUAAGCAAGUGUUCAAGUGCCACGCCCGCAAGGAGUCACCUCUUAAUGACACUAAAGAAAAUAAAAGUCGACUAGACACCCCACCAUCAACCAAUUGUACUCACGUGUGAAAAAAAGAGUCUUAUUUCAAAAUGUGGUAUUUGCAUGCAUGUGGACCAGACAGAGAAAUACAUUGCGGUGUUAAGCAAGGCAGUAACUUGCUAUCUUAACAACAAUUCAUAUUAUAUUGAUUGAAUUCCACUUGUGUUUAAAAAGUACUUUGAUCUACCUGGAAAAUCACUAGGUCUAGUGAAGGCCAUUUCUAAAUUUUAUUUUAUUUCUAAAUUCUAUUCCAUAAGCAAAAAAAGAAUAAUAUAGUUUUAUACAUCUUAAGAAAUGAAAGUUUCUCAAGAAACUUUAUUUAAAGACUGUAAAGAGUCUAUAAUAGGACUCUCUAGAUUUAUAUUCUUUGUAGGAUAAGGAAGAAGGGCCUGUCAAGGUGGUCAGGAAUAUUUGUGAUCUACAUAUUUUGGAAACAAAUGUAAUUAGAAAACACAUGCUUUAGUUCUUCGAUUUUAAGAUCAGUGGUAAUGCUGAAACUAUAUGUGUCUCAGAUACGAUUAUGGACACUUGAUCCUGAGUUUUAUUUUUGGGGCUGUUUGUAUUAAGACGUAUCCAUCUGAUGGAAAUAAGCUUAUUUGCACAUUUGCUGCAUCUGCUCCCAGCUGUAAGCAGUGCAUGCGGCUUCUGCAACGUGCUGUGUCCGUCUGCAGUCAUGAGGUCUCUUAAGCUCAUCUCAGGCAGUCAGCAGCAAGACCCUGGUUUGUCAGCCAUCAGGAUGUCAGUGAAAAACUAUGCUGUGAACUUAGUCUUCGUUGAGAUGACCAAAAAAAUCAGGGAAAACCACCACCUGCAACUAUUCUCAUGGUGGAAGCUGUGAAUGAGUUACUGAGAAUGAAACUGGACAUUAAAAAUUUACAUAUCGACACACACAUAUGUAUAUUUUAAGGUAUUAGCUAUGCCUUGAGUGGAAUCUACUCAAAAGGAGAAUUUUUAAAAUGUCAGUGAAAAUGAUGUACAGAAAAUAAUUUUUAUGAAUUCAGAAUAAUUUCUAUGAAUUAUAAGCCACAUGAGAUAAUGGUCAUGCUAUGUGAGGAAAGUCAGUAAGCAUAGUAAAAUGUCUGGUUCAGAUAAACUUUGAAAAAACAGUCUAAUGGUUGGACAUAGCUGGGCAUAUCAUGUCCAAACAAAUGCUUUUUUCAUCAAAUUUGUAAUGAUGCCUAAUGCAUAUUUAUCCCAAAUAUUGCUCCCUUUAGAAAUGUUAAUUUGGGGUUCAAAUCAUCAUAACUUAGUUUCAAAUGUAGUUUUUGAGACAGUUUCAUAUUUAAUAAUGAGAAAAUGGUAUGAAAAGAUGAAAUGAUUCUAUAUUAGUAAAUAAUUUUCAGACUGCAAGACUGAUAUAUUUUAGGAUGAUACAAAAGCAAGAAAAAAUUUUUUAAAAAGAAUUUUGUGUAAUGCAUACCUGAGUCAUAUGAGGACUUCAUGUGAAAUAUCAAAUUUUGGAUCAAAAAAUCAACUCAAUGUAAGUCUUUGCAUGUUAGCUUUUCUAGUUUGUGAAUUUAUUUUACUAACUAUAUUCCUCCAGCUAACAGUAUUUACAUUUGCCACGUUAUAAAUAGUUCUCUGGAUAGAAGAGGAGAAAAUUGUCAGAGGAUGGGAAAUCAUGACUUUUCAUGUUUGAUGGCCAGGGGAAAAAUUGUACAUACACCUAUGUGAGUAUUUUUAAGAACAAUGUAAUUCCUUUGCACGGAAAAAUUUUUGCACUUUAUUCAAAUAUGGCAGCAGAAACAUUGUACUCUGAUGACGGUACCGCAUGAGUUUUGUGAAACUUGAAGCUGCCAUUGCACACGCCAGGACAUCUUCUGUGUGUGUGGAUUCACGCAGCUGCACAAAGAGGUGCGUCCUGCUUGGACUUGCUCGGGUGGCGGUGGCUCCCUGCACCGUGGCUGCUCUCUUCCGAUUCCCAUGCACACAAAGGAAGCACUGGAACAAACACAGGAGGCACUGCUGCCCUAUUCGGGCAAGUGCCGAGAUGGGUUUGGACAUGAUGUACUUACCCUUGUCAUGCCUUGGUCACUUCCAGAUGCUGUCAUCUCUGAUUUACAGAACCCAGAGCGCCGGGUAUAAAUGCGGAUUGCUUCAUUUCACAGGCCGGUGGGCUCUUCUCCUGUCCAGUGUCAUUCUAAUCAAUUCCUCUUGUUUAGAGUUUAUGUUGUCUCCUCCUCAAAUGAGUUUCGGUGGUAACGGAGGUCUGCGAAGAUGUAAAACUGCAUACAGUUUCCUGAGUGAGGGGUUCCAGAAGAACUUGUAUCUGCAGACCAAGUACUUCCUGGGGCACCCUUGUAAUCAUGUGUAAUUAAUGGGGACCCAUUCAGAGGCCCCACUCCUUCUUCACUGAGUAACCCAACCCCCCCCUUCUCUUUCUCCCCAGUACUAGCAGCCAGGCUAAAGGAGAUACACCCGCUGCACCUCCCCACCCUCGGUGCGCCUUUAAAGUCUGGAUGCUGGGUAAACCUUGUUUUUCUGCAAACUUCAAAGAAAAAUGAUGCUUUCUCGUUAGACUUGGCUGCCCUAGUGGCCCAAGGCAGCUGUUAUCUUUCUGGGCCUUUUGCUUUCUCAUGGGGAGAUGGCUCUGGAAUAUUUAAAUAGCAGGCAUACUGGCUGUUUCAUAUGCAUAAAGCACGAUUUCGGUUCCUUGCUAAUGAAUAUGGGGACGCGGUUGAGGAGCUGGUCUUGUCCUGUCUCCUCAGGAGUUGCUGAGACAGAGUCUCUCUGCUGCUCCGACCAUAUAUGUGCUCAGCAGUGCGGGGGCUGAGCCCAUUUCUGAGUAUCUUAGGGAAAUCCUUUUGCUGUAAAUGGAACUGUUUUACUCCACACACUGGGGAUCAAACCGUCGUCCCCCUCUCCUCUGCAUCUCCAAGCCCUGUGUGCUCACGGCCUACCUUGCUCCAAUCCAGAGUUCCUCACUCUGACAUAAGCCACAGUAAAAUUCCUCCAUCGCCCCAGGCGUAUCUGUGGAGAGAUGUCUGAACUGCGUGACUCAUGCAAGGCUAAAAGCUUCUUGUGACUCAACUUCAAAUUGUGAUCCUGAGGAUAAUUGCAUUUGCUCCAUGUCUCAGAUACAUUGAGAUGGUGCAGAAAUAAUUCCUAGACGUUAACUGAUACCCAAGGUCAGGUUCUGGGCAGGAGAGGAUCCCUUCUCUCUCCACAGAUGCCAUACGAUCCCCAGUGCUUAUGCUUGAAGCAGCCUUACAUCAAGGAAAGCAAUGUAUUAUAUAGCUUUGUCACGUUCUUGCUGAAUAAUUUAUUAAAUGUGUAUAAGAACCACAUAGUCAUGUAAACUGAAUCAAGAGAUCAAAAUGGCUGCUUCUGGAAACUUACCUAAAAUCUGUCAAUUUCCGGCUGCAUUGAUUGCAAAUAUCUUCCUGACUUUAUAUUUCUAAGUGGUUUUCUCUGUAAGCUAGUCAUGUUCUUCUGGGUCAUCAAAAGAUGUUGCAUAUUAAGUUAUUUGUCAAGCAGAUGUCAAUGGCUCAUUUAUCUAAGGAUGUGCUGAUUUUAAGUUUCCAAAUAGUUAGUGCAGGUAGCCUAAAAUGCUGAUGGUGACUUGUUAUCUUGGAAGGAAAAAAACUGCAAAAGGGAUUUAAUUUAUGCUGUAUUUUAUCAUUUUCCUUUUUAAAAGUGGAAAACUGAGCCUCCAGAAUCACGUAAAAAGCUUCAGCGUCCCUGGUGUGGGCUGGGUGUACCUCAGGCAGCCGAGUGCAGGGGACCGUGCCGGGUGUUGUCUGCGUAGCUCAGGGGCCUCUGUUUGUUUUCCCGUGAGAGCCGCAUGGCUCUGAUGGUGGUUUCUUCUCCUCUGUGGGUGUGAGUGGCCGGUGCACGCACUCCGCCCUCUGAACCUGGGACUCGGCUGUGGGCAGGUUUGCUCAUGUGGUGAGGUCUCCAGGAAUGGCAGCAGGCCUGGGCGCGGCCUCUCUGCUGGGUCCUGUGCUCACUGUCAGGGCCGUUCCACAGCUGUUUUCAGGCCUUGGAGAUCGGGGUUCUGU